CCUGAAGGGACCAACGUUUUGAGGUUAUGUGUAUACAACGUGAACUGUUUAUAUUUUAAUCUACAGACUAGACGAAUUGGUAACUUUGCAAUAUUCCGAAUCCGUCACCGCCCCCCAAGAAGCCCUCUCUGGUCAACGUCCAUGACUGUAAAAUUUGCCCAUACGUUACAACGUCGUUUUUCCUGAUGAUGAACCACAUACGCCGUCAUCAGUCGCCUUUGGUACCUUUUAACUGCGUAAACCCCCUUGAUUCUUACCAUUGCAAACACUGCAGUUUUCAAACUGAACUAACGCUGCUUUUCAAGCAACACAUUAAAGAACACCAUGGAAUUAAACACGAAAACGACGAUUUAAUUGUACAACACAAUAAUCAAAAAUACGUUUGUGGAAAGUGCGGAUUUGAGACGCAUUUUUUGCUUAAAUGUUUAUGUCACAUUCAAGAGUGUCAACAGUCUAAAGAACAACCAAAUUCGAAAAGGAAUAUUAACGCACGACAUGUAGACGACCUUGACGCCAAAUGGUACAAAUGUAAAAAGUGCUCGUUUAGAUGUAAACGCAACUCAGAUUUGUUGGGACACGUGAACCUUUGUCAUUUGAACGUAGAGAACGACAAGUGGAACGAAUGCCAACAGGGUCCGGACAGGACUAGAGAUUGUUCGAACUUAAGGAGUGACGUGAGAAGCCAGCAUUCGAAUGGAAAAUGUAUCACGUGGUAUCAGUGCAAUGAGUGUCCAGUUAAAACAAUAGACAAGAAGCUUUUGCAGAAACACGUGAAAGCACGACAUUCCAACGAACAUAAAGGCAUUAAAUGCUACAAUUGUGAAAAAUGCCAAUUCAAAACCAAAUACCGGAACGUUUUAAAUAGACACAUUAAUUCGCGGCAUUUGGACAAAAGCGAAAUAGAGUGGCACCCCUGCAGUGAGUGUCCGUACAAGUCCAAAGACAAAGACGGUUUGAAAAAACACAUUAACGCACGGCAUCUGGACGACCAAGACGCGAAGUGGUAUGAAUGUAAACAGUGUCCUUACAAGGCUAGAGAUUGUUCGUCGCUAACGAAACACUUGAAAUCCCAGCAUUUGGAACGACAUGACAUAAAAUGGUAUCAUUGUGAAAAGUGCCAAUACAAAGCCAAACACCCCUACUGUUUAAAGAAACAUAUAAAUCGGCGGCAUUUAGACAUGAAUGAAAUCAAGUGGCACCACUGCACUCAGUGUCCGUACAAGUCCAAAGACAAAGACGGUUUGAAAAGACACAUUAACGCACGGCAUCUGGACGACCAAGACGCGAAGUGGUACGAAUGUACACAGUGUCCAUUCAAGACUAGAGAUUGUUCGACCGUAAAGAAGCACAUGAAAUUCGAGCAUUUGGAAGGAUAUGGUGUUAAAUGGUAUGAUUGUGAAAAGUGCCAAUUCAGAACCAAAUACCCCCAGUCUUUAAGGAUUCAUAUAAAUCGCUGGCAUUUGGACAAGAAUGAAAUUAAGUGGUACCACUGCAGUGAGUGUGCGUUCAGGAGCAAAAACAAAAGCGGUUUGAAAAGUCACAUUAACGCACGGCAUCUGAGCGACCAGGACGCGAAAUGGUACGAAUGCACACACUGUUCACACAAAACUAAGAAUCUUUCAAAUUUAAACCACCACAUAAAAACGCAGCACUUGAAUGUGAACGGUGACCAUCUAAUAGACAAAAAUCGAGUUUGAUGUGUCGUGUCCAUACGUGUUAUUAUCGGUGGCCAAGCAUGGACACUAACAAAAUUAUUUAUUUGGGUGUAGGCCCCUUUCCUUGGAAAUGGAUAGCUAAAUUGCAAUCAGGGAGAGGUAAUAAGUAAGAUGUGGAAUUCAUUUAAAAAAUGUAUUAAGUAUAAAUUUAACAGAAUUAAUAGUUAAAAUUGUAAGUCCCAGACAAAGGUUAAAUAUAAUUGCAUUCUUAAGACUACGAAACCGAAAAUCGAUAUUUGACGCGUCCGCUAAAUAAUAAUGAUCUCUACUUGAUAAUACAAAUCUAAAAUAAUUACUCUUCACUUCAAUUAUUUAGAUAUAUGGCAAUCAACAGUUGCUACAAAAGGGCCAAAUAUCUACGUCUCGUUAAAGUUAUUUAAAACGAAAACGCUACUCGAAAUAUCCUUAAAUAAUCUUUUCCUAUCUCUGAUCAAUAAAAUAUUAGUACAAAACUUAAAUUAAAUGUCAGUGAUUAAUUGCAAGUCUGGCGUUAAAUAGGUAGGACAUGGACGUAUUAGGUCCACUCUACGAAUGGUACUUUUUACAAGGAUCAUCCCCUAUUACCCUAAGUUACAAUAAUAAAAUUUGGGAUGAUUAGAAUCUAUACAAACGAAUUAAAAAUAUGAUAAUAAUAAUAAAAAAAAAACUAUUGUAAUAUUAAGAAAAGAAGUUUCCGGACCUUAAAACAACAGUAAAUAUGAAAAUACUGUAACGAUUUUUAAAUCUAAGCGCGCUCGGUGAGCAAGGUCGCGGAAGAGUGGGAUCGGUUUUUACGGGCGGCGAGAAAAAGAGGAGGUGAAGAGCGUUUUUUGAGCGAAUUGAAUUGCUGUGAAAAUCGAGAUUUUGGCAAAAUAAGGAACCAAGAACAGCUAGGUGAGUCCCUAUUUGGCCUAGAAUAUUUAAAUAGAAGGAGGAACUAGGUUCUUUGUACGGGUGCCGUCGAUUCGUGGUUGGUUGCCGUCUCCGUCGUCACUGUCCCAUAUUCGUCGAUUCGUGGUUGGUUACCGUCUCCGUCGUCACUGUCCCAUAUUCGUCGAUUCGUGGUUGGUUGCCGUCUCCAUCGUUGCUGUCCCAUACUAUGGUAACAUCUCCUAGGGGAGCUUUGAACAUAAGAGGAUCGCUCCGAAGUGCUUCACCAGGAAAGAGCUUACGUAAAUUUGCGGAAAGUACUUAGCAUGUAAGAUCGUAGAGGUGGUACCAUUUCGCGAAGGGCGUUUGUUAAUAUAAAGUUACUGAAAAUUAGUUUGUUGUCCGUUCGUCCCUUUCCUUGUUGGGUUAACUACCCAGCUGGCGCCCAAAGGACCCCCCAAUAUAUAAAAAAAGGCCGGAGAAUAUCAAAAUCGCCACAAUACUAAUUUAAGAUUACUACCUGAUUAUUCAUAGGAAAAUUUAAAAAACAAAAAUUUUAAAAAUCCAAGAAUUGAACAACAAAAAAAUCUAAGCCUGAAAACUCAGAAAAUUGAAUGAUCGAGAACAAAAAAUCUAAAAUUUAAAAAUUCGACAAAUUGAAAAAUCAUGGAACUGAAAAAUCGAAAAGUCGAGAUAGUGAGAAAUCUAAAAGCCUAAAACUUUAAAAACUGAAAAAUUAAAAUAUCAAAAAAUUUAAAAACCGAGAAAACACAAUAUCAAAAAUUUGAAAAAUUGAAGAAACGAAAUAUUGCAAAAUUCCAAAGGUGAAAUAUUGAAAAACCUAAAAAUGGAAGGAAAAUUAAAGAAUCGAAACAGUGAAAAAAUCCCAAACUGAAACAUUGAAAAAUUGAGAAAUGGAGAAAUGGGAAAAUCAAAAAAAUUGGUCUAACGAGUUUAGACAGUACUUCCCUCGCUAUCGGAAACGUGACGACUGCAUGCCUAUUAUGUUUUUUUUCACAUUAGAUUUCAAAGUAUUCGCUUUUGUAGUUCCUGAUUAAAUCAAUCAAAUAAAUUUGCGCAUUCAUUAAAUUUUUUGAGUCACCCUGUAUAUCCGAAUCCAAAAAAUAUGAAUAGAAUGAUAAAUUACAAGAAGAGACUCAUCAUAUUUUGUACAUUUUAAAUAGGAUUAUACGGCAAACUUUUGAGCUGACAUCAUCAAUUUUUUGGAGGGGAUAAGUGAAUAUAUUGUGAUUAAUACGGUCCUGGUUUAAUAACAAAAAAGUAUUGUUCGUCUAUAAAACAAGCUCGUCUUAGACAAAGUAUUCGUAAAAAAAUAUGUCGUAAAAAAAUGUACGUAUGCUGGUCCCGAUUGCGAUUAUGGUUUAAAUAUUUUUUAGAAAAUCCUGUCAUGGAUGUAGAAACAUUUGUGACAGCCAAAGAGGUUUUUUUGAAAAAAUUAUCUUUGAAUUUAGACCAAAUUGAAAUAGACAUUAGCAACAAGCACAUUUGGGCAAAAGAAAGAGAAAUUAGGGUUACGGCUUCAAAUUUUUGACGUAUUUACAAACUUAGACAGACUACAACAACAGCUAACACUGUGGAGUCUGUGUUGUACAAUACAUUUAGAGGUAAUAGUCGUACAUACUAUGGACAACAAAGUGAGGAAAAAGCUGUCAAGUGUUUUGAAAUAAAUAAAAAUAUAAAAAUUGAA